AUGAAAACAUCCACGGCUGCAACCAAGAAGUAUGAAGAUAAGUACACUGCCGACAAGAAAACGCAGGCUACCCUUGAAGAAUAUCGUCAAGAAGCCGUACGCCUGGGAUUCCAUAUUGAGAAUAUGCAGAAAAAACUUCUUCAAGUGCAGCAGGAUUACAAAGUGGCCAACAACGCUCAUUGUGCCCUCGAUAACCAGCGCGAAUUGCGAGAACUUGAAAGAAUGCACAUUGAGGCAGAGGAGGCUGUCAAAAUAGCUAGUCGUCUGGCAGCAGAGCUUCUUGCAAAAUUCGAGCAUGUUUCUACCGAGCUUUCUAACGCCUCAAACAGGUGGAAGUUCAAGACAGCGGAUGAUAUUUUAGUCAAGGUCAACAUUCCACGGGACUACGAAUGGCUAAAGGAAAAUCUGAAAGGAGAAGAUUUUAGACUCAUUAGAUCUUUGAUGAAGAAGCGUGGAUUUCCACCUGCACAGGCAUUCGACUUGGCAAAGCAGAAGGAGGAGGAGGACGACGAUAAAGAGAAUACCAGUUGGUAUGAUGACUGCCUUGCAGUACCCGAGGAUGAGUCUCCCAAGAGCGAGGACAGCACAAGCCAAUCUUUCAAGUUCAAACAUGUUGGAGAUGAAGUUGGAGGCGUCGAUGACACUCUGUUUUCUCCUGAGCAGAAAAAAGGUAAAGUCUUGGUACUUCCUACAGUAGAAACUUCUCGAUUCAACCGCGAGGAGGUCCAGGGCUGGGAAGACUUGAUCAUGAGCUAUCAGGCUUCGACGGCUGCAGCUCAAAAGGAGUAUAGCCGUGUCUCUAAGAUAGAAGUCACCAAAGUGAAAGCAUCCACGGCCGCAACCAAGAAGUAUGAAAAGAAGUACACUGCCGACAAGAAAACGCAGGCUAUCCUUGAAGAAUAUCGUCAAGAAGCCGUACGCCUGGGAUUCCAUAUUGAGAAUAUGCAGAAAAAACUUCUUCAAGUGCAGCAGGAUUACAAAGUGGCCAACAACGCUCAUUGUGCCCCCGAGAACCAGGAUGUUUGCGACACUCUUGAGAUUCCAAUCUCCGAGGAGGACGACGACGAUAAAGAGAAUACCAGUUGGUAUGAUGAAUUCCUUGCAGUACUCAAGGAUGAGUCUCCAAAGAGCGAGGACAGCACAAGCAAAUCUUUCAAGUUUUGA